GCUUCUUGAUUAGAGCCCGUCAUAUUAUUUUUUUUCUUUUUGGCGUCUUCAUCAGAGGUAAACGCAUAGAAAGAGCGUGAAAACUCAAUUUGAGGCCAUUGACUAUUUUCCUUGCCCUGACCCGAACGAGCUCUCCCCCUCGUCUUGAGUUUUAAUUAAUUCCAUUCACCCACCCGAAUUACGAGUCGAACCUUCAAACCAGUCUGAUAUCACCUAAUACCAGCCCAAGGUCUACAACCAUGGAGCAAGAGCUACUAUCGCUACUUGCGGACACCCAGUCCCCCGCCGCGGAUACCAGAAAAGCCGCCGAACUCAACCUCCUCCGCCUGUACUCCAACGAGAGCUUCCCCCUCUCCCUCCUCGCGAUCGCCUCCCACGGAACCGUCCCCGUCAACCUCAGGCAAUCCGCCCUCUCCGUCCUCCGCACCUUCAUCGCAGCCGCAUGGUCUCCGAACCUCGAUGAAUUCAAGGGCUCCAUCCUCGUCAACGACGUCAAUAAAGCGCAGAUUCGCGCCUCCCUGCUGGCGCUAGCCACCACGGCUGAGACAGCCGAUCGCAAGAUCAAAUCCUCUGCCAGCUAUGCUGUCAGCAAGGUCGCGAGCGCGGACUUCCCUGAACACUGGCCUGAGCUGCUUCCGGCUCUGCUGCAGAUUAUCAAUGAUGUCAACUGCUCGGCUGGGGCCCUGCACGGCGCGUUGAAGGUUCUCUGGGAUUUGGUGGAUACUGGCUUCAAUGAGGAGCAAUUUUUCAAUGUCGCCCGCGACCUGGUCUCUAGUUUGUUCCAUGUUGCGACCAACGAGUCGAGGAAGCCCAUGUUGCGCGCGUUGGCGGUCGCCGUCUUCCGUUCAUGCUUUGAUACCCUGGAGAUGGUGCUCGAGCAGCACAAGGUGCAGGUUAAACAGUUCAUGGAUGAGGUGUUGGCCGGCUGGUCGCCUUUCUUCGUCUCUACCCUCAAGGCCCCGUUGCCGCAGCCGCCUACCGAGGAGGAGGAACCCAAGGAGACUGAGAUUGCUUCCCAGUGGCGUGGGGUCAUUGGAUUGAAGCUUCAAGUGGCUAGGACAUUGAUGAAAAUCCGUAUGGUCUUCCCCGGUCUGUUGACGAACCAGAGCCCCGUCUACUUUGCGACCAUCUGGACCGAACUAUCCAACCUGCAGCCCACCUAUCACGAAUUCUACAUCAACGACGAGAGACAAGGCCGUUUGGAAGAUGUGGACGGGCUUCCCUACACGUUGGACUUUUUGGUGUUGGAGGAACUGGAUCUAAUCCAGACGCUGUUGAAAGCGCCGCCGGUAAAGGCAGAGCUGCUGCAGCAAUUGCAAAAUGCCGAACAGGCUGCUGCCACCUCCGGCUGGUUGCCUGAAAUCCUGCAGUUGGCGGGCUCCUACAGUCAUAUCACUACCGAGGAAGAAGGGCUCUGGGAUUUCGAUGUCAACCUUUUCCUUGCGGAAGAGACUUCGGUGACGGCCAACUGUACCCCUCGCACGUGUAGCGGGGACCUGGUUAUCAAACUUGGCGAGUGGCUCAAGACUACUGCCGUUGAAGGACUACUGGCUUAUCUGAACCGGGUCUUCGCUGACUCGUCUUCAUCGUGGAAGUCCCGCGAGUCGGCUCUGUUCACUCUCAACCAGCUGCUGAGGGAUUUCAACGAGGUGGAACAGCAUAUCCCCAUCGAGUUGGCCAACGGGUUCAGCAACCUGAUCCAAUAUGCCAUCCAGCAAGAGCAGGAGCUGCUACGGGCCCGUGGCUACCUCGUGGCCGGAGUUUUGGCGCAAGUCGCGGGAGAGGCAUUCCAGGCGACUGCCAUCUCGUACCUGGAGGCCGUUCUGAAAGCCAUUGUGGAUGAUCCGUCGGAGGUGGUCAAGGUGUCCUGCAUCCGAGCCUUGCAAGAUCUCAUGCCUUCGCUUCCCUCGCAUACCACCAUCCCCCUGCAGAUCUCGGUGAUCUCCGCCUUGUCGGAGUUUAUCUCCGCGCACGAUCUCAGCGACCCGAGGGACAGCGACGAUCUCAAGGUCACCCUCGCGGAGACGCUCCGGGACACGAUUAUGGUCAACCCUAGCGUGGUCUUGUCCUCGGCGGCGAUCGACGUACUUUUCAACAUCGCGAGCAAUGGACCGACGAACUUCCAGCUGACGAUGAUCGUCACGGAGGCGUUUGAGGACAUUGUCGAAAACAUCUCGGAGCAGGGCCCCGACGCCUUUGUCGGUCUCUGCGAAAAGGUGCUCCCCUCCGUGACGGGAGCGAUCGACGUGGGCAACCUGACCGAGGAACACGCGCUGACGAACUUCGCGGCGGACCUGUUGCGGGCGCUGACGGAACGGGCCCUGGAGCCUCUUCCGGCCGGGUUCGUCGGGACGGUGAUGCCGAAGCUGACCCGGCUGCUGCUGCAUUCGACGGACGGGGAGCUGAUCCGCCCGGCCACGGAGGCUGUCCGACACAUGCUCUCGCACGACUUCAGCCAAUUCGUCACGUGGCACGAUCCCCAGAGCGGAAAGGAGGCGACGGAGAUCGUACUGAUGAUCAUCGACCGUCUGCUGGGACCGUCCGUCGACGACAACGCCGCCACAGAGGUGGGCCAGCUGGCCGCCGAGCUGGUGGAACGCGCUGGAUCGGAACGGCUAGGCCCAUACCUCCCGCAGCUCCUCCAGGCAGUCGCCCAGCGGCUCGCCACGGCGGAACAGGCGCCGUUCAUCCAGAGUCUGAUCCUGGUAUUCGCGCGACUGACACUCAUCAGCGCGCGCGAGGUGGUCGACUUCCUGGCUCAGGUCGACAUCGGCGGCCAGAGCGGCCUACCCAUAGUGGUCAGCAAAUGGCUCGAGAACUCGGUCAACUUCGCCGGCUACGACGAAAUCAAGCAAAACAUCAUCGCUCUCGCCACGCUCUACAACCUCGGCGAUCCGCGCCUCUCCCAAGUGCAAGUCAAAGGCGACCUGAUCAUCCAAGACACCGGCCGCAUCAAAACCCGGUCGCAAGCACGCAACAACCCGGACCGCUACACGACGGUAUCCGCGCCUCUCAAGAUUAUCAAAGUCCUCGUCGAAGAGCUCGCCGCCGCCUCCGGCAACAAGGAGAUCGACGACGCCGCCGCGGCCGCCGCCCUCGACGAAGCGGGCAGCGACGAAGACGACGACGACGACGAGUGGGAGGACCUCCCGAACGACGUGCUGGAUCUGGGAUUGGGGGUGACGAAGCAGGAGCUGAUGGCGUUUGGGGAGGGCGGUACGGAGAGCGUGUUUGGGGUGCGCAAGCGCGACGACGAGACGCAGGCGUUUUUGGGAGACUUCUUCCGACAUGCGAGUACGCAGGCGGAGUUUGGGGAGUUGUUUGCGGCGUUGUCGGGGUCGGAGCGGGAGAAGUUGCAGAGUUUGGGCUAGGCUACUGGCCACGGAGUGGUUAGUGGGGAGUAGAUAGGUAGGUAGAUAGGGAGAAUUAGUAGAUAGACAUGACGAAUGUAAU